AUGGUAACAAUUAGCUAAUUAGAAAUACAAUUCAGAAUAAAUCUAUAUUAUUUAUUAAAGAGCUAUUAGGAUGAAAAAAGAAAAAGAAAUUAUAGAAUAAAAUAUCUCAAUUAUAAGUAAAUAAUAUAUAAGUAUUACCAAAAAGAAAAAGACACUCAAAAUAUUUAAGACUUAUAAUAUUUAAACAUCAUUGAAAAUAAUAAAAGUUAAAUAAUAAAAUUUCAUAGAAAAUUAAAAUUCCAAAAGAAGCCAUUAAUUUAUAACAUUGUAUAUAUAAGUAUUAUAAUGACAAUUAAGAAAUGAUGUGUAUAAAUAAUUGAUUAUAUUAGAAUGUAAAAUAUGUUCAGAAUGGUAUGAUUUAAAUUGUUUGGGAAUUUUAGGAAGUAUUGAAGAAAUAUAAAAACUGUUAUUCUAUUGUUUUAAAUGUGAAUAAAAACUUUCAAAUGAAUUUAGUAAAUAUAUACGGAGAUAUACUUAAUAUUUUAUUGACUCAACAUUUCGAGAUUUGAAAUUAAAGAUUGGCAUGUCACCACAUGAAUUAAGAAUGUAAGAAAAAAAGAACUAUAUAUAUAAUUGUCUAAAUGAAUGA